GCAAGCACUGUCAGGCGCAAGCUCAGCACAAAGCAGCAAAGAGCGGACGGUGUACGACAAGAGCUAGAGACGACGGCAAGGAGAGAUAAUGGCUACAGGAGCUCUUCCACCAUACCCGGGAGAACCUCCGGUGGACUAUAUGCCCCGUCAGCGGCAGUACCUUCAGCAACAGCAGGAGCCAACCUACCCUCCACAGACCGAACGGCAGCCCACCUACCCUCCUCAAAAUGAGCCACAACCCACCUACCCUCCUCAGAAUGAGGCACAACCCACCUACCCUCCUCAGAAUGAGCCACAACCCACCUACCCUCCUCAGAAUGAGCCACAACCCACCUACCCUCCUCAGAAUGAGGCACAAUCCACCUACCCUCCUCAGUCACACUACCAUCCUCAGAGUGGCUCACACUAUCCUCCACAGCAGACUCAGAACUACACCCGGCAGCAUCCUCAGCAGUGGCAGCAAAACUACGCUCCACCUGUGGUUGCCAACUACGGCACCUAUCAACAAGUUGGUCAGCCGAUCAACCAACACCCUGCACCAACUGCUCAUGUGGCAGGGCCCCAGUCUGCUGGACCCAUCGUGACACUCAUUCAGAAGAAGCCAGCCAACUAUAUGAUCCUGUCUCUCUUAACCCUUCUCUGCUGCUGUUGGAUAUUUGGCAUUGUGGCCAUCAUUUACUCCAUGCAGGUUGAUUCAGCAUAUGCCAGUGGAGAUAUAGUGGCAGCUCAGUCGGCCUCUCGUUCAGCGCGCACCUGGAACAUUGUUGGAAUCAUAUUUGGCUCCGUGAUUGCUGUGAUUAGUUUCAUACUUAUUGUCGCUGUUUCUGCCGCCUCAGCCAACAGUGGCAGUGAUUAUAAUACUCCGUACUACCAGGAGAAUCCCCCCGUGGACUACGCGGCUCCGCACUACCCCGCGCAGCCGCAGCCCUACUACCCUCCUCAGCCGCAGGCCGUCCCUAACUACGGUGCCUACCAGCCAGUCGGUCAACCAGUCACCCAUCACUCCACACACAACACUACUGUGGUGGUGGGUCAGCCGACUGCACCUACAGUGACCCUCAUUCAGAGGAAACCAAGCAACUAUGUUGCCCUCUCUGUCUUCACACUUCUCUGCUGCUGUUGGCUGUUUGGUAUCGUGGCCCUCAUAUAUGCCAUGCAGGUUGAUUCAGCAUAUGCCAGUGGAGAUAUGGUGGCAGCUCAGACGGCCUCUCGUUCAGCGCGCACCUGGAACAUUGUUGGAAUCGCAUUUGGAUGUGUGGCUACUGUGCUUCUAUUAGUAAUUACCAUCAUUUCCACCUCGGUUACUUUUGCCACCGCAUCACCUGAUUACUAACUUUCCCUCCUCGGAAACACUUGAGUGACACUUAUGUAUUACAUUUCUUUUGAAAUUCUGUGCCAAAUAUAUCAAUGAAGAAAUGACUACGUUUUUUCACUGUCAGCUGAGGACGGUUUUUUCACAUAUUUUGCCUGGACCCAUACUCUGUACAUCUGGACUUGUCUUCCUCGGUUGACCUGGAGUCUACGAUCCACAUACAGCUGUCUCCGUUCCAUUCCAGCCUCCGUCAUGAGGUCGUCAACUUCACCUUCUGUAAAGAAAUAUACCCUAGUCCCGUCUCCGCGGACGUAGAAAUUGUCUCCUAGGCAACGACCUUUCUUGAACCUUAGCUGGGCCAUGUCGUGU